AUUAAGUAACCAUCACUAACCAAUGGCUGCCGCUCCUUUCUCGUGAGCGUCAGACCUGCUGCGUUCAAAGCGCACUGUCAGGCACUGCGCUUCAAGCAUCGCUGCAAACUAAAGGGGUCUGUCUCUCUGUUAUUUAGAGAUGACAUUACAUUGACGUCAGACAUCAUCGGAUUUCCCUGGCCUUAUGUGGACAUGGCAACAGGAAGGAAAAGCUCCACUUCAAAAGGUGGAGUGCGUUUCCCUGACGAUGAGGAAGAUGCUCCCAUCGACAACAGUUGUGACGAAAAGGCUCAGGACAAAAUCCUCACUGCUAUACCAGAACCCGAUGGAGCAUAUCUUGUAAAGGCGGGGUUCUUAAGGAGCCAUCACAAAUAUGAAAUUGUCUUCUCUCUGCCGCAAGUCCCCGCGCUGGGCAAAGAUGUCACUCUCUCCCCCGCGCUUCGCACGACGGCACGGCCGCGUCUACGUGCCACACGCAUCACGCCGCGCCCUGAGGGGGGAGUGAAGGUGGUUUGUGAGUACAGCACCCAGCAGGAAGGUGUAGUACAGGAGGAUCUCACGCUGGUCAACAGGAGCAGAAGAGACAGCAGUGUUAAAGUUAGAUUACAGGCCAGAGUCAUGGAGCGCCAUCACGGGACCCCGAUGUUACAUGACGGCGUGCACUGUAUUGGAGAGGAAAAGCAAGCCACUUCCAAAAAUAAUGACACGAAGAAGAUGUGACAGAAGGAGUUUGCUUUCUGUGUCAAUGAGGAUAACUUACCCCUAGUCCUUGAGGAUCUACUGAUGGCUUUCUGCACUAACACAAAUGAAUCAUCUGAUCACAGGUCUGCUGUCACAAAUUCAAUCUAACCUAAGCUUUCAAGUUGUAAAGGUCAAGGGUAGCUAUGGGAAUGUUAAGAUAUGAGGUGUGCUGUUUUGUAGCGUAUGUCAUGUAGAAUGUGGGUCUGUUCUCAUAAUAACCUUUUAGCAUACUGUAUCUGCUUUUCUAGACAAUCUGAAACAGAUUACUUUUAAGUGAUACGUUAAGAAAUGCAUAAAGAGACAUGGAUAGGCAGGAUAUUUACUUCCCACUUACAUGAUCAAUAUAAGGAUGUAUUUCACUGUGUUUAUGAAAAAAUGAAAAGGUGCUAUAACAUCCACGAAGCAUACUGUAGAACAUGUUUCAUACUAAUCCUGGAAUGCUCUUCAAAUGUCUUUUCCAAUACUGUAUUACACUUUUCUUUACACAUCACAUGAAUGUUGGACGCACAAAUAAUUAUGGAAAUACUCGUAUGAUUAAAAUGUGUCAUCAUAGCAGACAGUAGAGUAAAUUCCCAUGUAUAUCUAUCAGUGUUGGGUGUAACUAGUUACUAAGUAAUUAGUUACUGUAAUUUAAUUACUUUUCUCUUGAAAAAGUAAAGUAUGGGAUUACUAUUAUUUUUUCUGUAAUUUAAUUACAGUUACUUCUGAUGUAAUUAAACUAAAUACUUUGUGUAAUAUAUGUGUGUGCAAUAGUGGAAUUGACAUCAAAAUUCAAAGUCUAAAGCCCAUUGCACAUUGAGUCAGAAAUUUGCGUCCGAAAUUUCCGCACGUUAAAAAAUAAAUACGAUCUCAUGUUGUGUCAAUCACAUCUACACACUGCCGCCGAUAUUUUCGUCCGUCAUAAAAAAAUUCGGACCGGGUUCGAUUUUCUGCGUUUUCGCAUCCGUAUCAAGCAUUUUGAGUGGCCUUUUAUAACAAUUCAGAGACACCAUACAAACGAGAGACAAAUACGAAAAAACGCAUACGAAAAUUUCGGACUGUAUGUGCAAAGACCUUAACUUUAAAAUCCUUGCUUUAAUGUAUAAAUCUCACAUCUGUAAUACUUUGGUCAGUUAAUAAUACUACUUUAUGUAGUUUAAUAUUAUUUAUUUGAAUGAAUUAAAAGAGCCGUUUCAUGUCUAUCCUUCAAUCACUUAACUAAUCAAGGUUGAUGUAGGAUAUAGAAAGUAAUUAGUAAUAAGUAACUAAAUACUUUUUGGAGAGAGUAAUUUGUACAGUAAUCUAAUUACACUAUUGAAUAUGUAAUUAGUAACUAGUAAUUAAUUACUUUUUCAGAGUAACUUACCCAACACUGAUAUCUAUUAAUCUUAGCGUUUGCGUUUUUCCUGUGAUAUCUACUCAGCGAAUCAACACUGUAGAAAAGUACACACAAAAAAAAUGUGAUUCUGUAAUUGAGAUUAUCUUGACAAUGUAAGUACUGUACAGGAUAAUUCACAGCAAACGGUUAUUGAAGAGGAAGGACAAUAUUUGACGAAACCCAUAUGUACAAACACUGAUAUUCUGCAAUUACUGAGAAAAGCCCUCUGUACUAUCAUCAGGAAAAAUCAAGCUUGCUUGAAUGUUAUUUUCACAACACUAUGAUGGUUCAGCAAUUGUAAUGCAUAUAUGACGUGUGAAGAAAUUAUUGAGAUGUUGUAAGAUAAAUGUAAAAAUAUGCAAAACACAUACAUUAAAAUGAAUAUAAGCAAUAAA